GAGCCAAGAGCCUCUGUUAUCUUCAAUACUGUAAGUGCUGUAUGGUUUGUAUUUUAAUCCAGGGCUUCAAUAAUAAGAAAACAUAUGGGUAGAACUAAAAGUUUCAUUAAGCUAUACCACGUACCUUAAAUUGUUUCAUUUGACAGUUGUUUCACUAUCUAGUUUACCACAGUUGGGAGCUAGGAAUUUUAUCGAUCUUACUUUUUUCAAAAAAACAGAAAAAUUGAGAACGUUUUGUAAAUAAAAUCCAAAAUUUCAGAGAAUAAUUUCAAAAUAAAUAAAACCAACCUGUAAUUCCCAGUAACCCUGUAACCACUAGUAGCCCCCUUAACCAGCUGUAACCACCUGUAACCUCUUGUAUUCUCUUGUAACCCCCUGGAACCCCUCAUAACCCCACAUGACCCCUUUUAAACCCCCUCUAAUUCCCUGGAACCCCUCAUAACCCCUUGUAAUUCCUUGUUAUACACGUGAACUAGUUGUUGCCUAGCACGUGACUGCAGCUAUUGUGAUGAAAAAUUACGCGAGUGGAUUGUAUUGCACGAUACUAAAAAUUGUUUUCAAAGCUUUUUCAAACUGUAUAUGAAAUGACAUAAUCAGAAAGUUGUAAGAAUCAUAAAUUGGUUGUCAUUUAUUACACCAACAAGCUACUAUCUUGUUUAACAAAUUGUUUUAAACUAACAAAAGCGCUCUACAUUUGCAUAAUUGUGCUCAAUUUCAUCGAUUUUAUCUCAGUCAUCCUUGUCACCACAGUAAUCCCAUUCAUCACAGUCAUCCUAGCCAUCCAAUUCAUACCAGUCAUUCUGGUCAUCCCAGUCAUCCAAGUCAUCCUUGUCAUCCCAGUAAUCCCAUUCCUCACAGUCAUCCUAGCCAUCCGGUAGACCAUGUUCGCUACAUUAAAAUUCAUACUUGGCUCCAAGGCUUGGGGGAAUAAAACAAAAGAAAUGUAUUAUUCAUUGCUGGGCCUCAAGAUGAUUUCUUUUGUUUUAUUCCCCCAAGCCUCGGAGCCAAGAGUGAAUUUUAAUAUAAUAUUACCAAUGGGUCUAUUCAUACCAGUCAUCCUAGUCAUCUAAGUCAUCCUUAGUAGUCAUCCCAGUUGUCCCAGUCACCCUAUUCGUCCAAUUCAUCUCCGUCAUCCCAGUAAUCCUAGUCAUUCUAGUUAUCCCAGUCAUACUAGUAAUACCAGUCAUCCUACUGUUUUCGUAACGGGAGUUUGUGGAAAGCUGGGCUAGCCGAGAUUUUGAAGAAAAACAACUUUAACAAACUAGGUAUACCUAUCGAUAGAGUGCCAACGAGCAAAUCAUGCGUAUUUUGCUUACGAAUAAAAUUCCUUUUUUCCCCAUUUGAUCGUUUCUUGGUCCCUUCCUUUUGCAAGGAUUAUUUUCUUGAAAAGGUUUUAUGCAUGUAACACUUUAUGAGGUUGCGGAGAAGAGUCAGUUCUCACAUUCAGUCUGGUAGCUUUACAAACCUGCUAUGUAAAAGUGUGAAGUGUGUUGAAAGAAUAAAAGCAGCUUUGCAGAGGAAGCGAUCGGGAAUAUUAUUAAGUCCAGCUACAAAUCUACUGUCGGUUCGGUUUCACAUUGCAGAUAAAUAUUUGCACAGUUUAAUCAUUUAAACCUCCUUUCAAAUUUCCCGAGGCUUUUUGUUACCCGAAUAAAACUUAGCAUGAUUCGCUUCGCUAUCUGAAAUUUUUCCAAGGACAUGCGAUGUACGGCACCUCGGUAUUUUAGUUCAUUUUUUUAUACUGAACUCGGCCAGGUUUCGAAAAAAUGGCGUUGUUUUCUUUUCCUUUGUCGUUUGUUUUAGGCUUGUAAUUCCUUUUUUUCUCAUUUUUUUGUUUGCUGGUUAGAUUUUCUCCCCAACACCAGAUUUUCCAACAGAAGCGACUGUAUUCUUCAUGUCAAGCUUUCCUUAUCUCCCAGUGUAAUAUUACCCUUAUUACCCUAGAAGAACUCUUUCGCUGUUUUACAAACUUCUCUUUAAAUCUUAGCAUUGUAGCCCCUAAAAUUAAUACAAUAUAUCAAGUGCCCAUGUUUCUUGACUGCAGUGGCCAGGUUUGACGAAUAAAUUUAAGUAAAUAAACACAGGAAGUCGCGACGGCGGGAAUUGUGUGAAAUUUUGUAUUUUAAAAAGCCUACCACAUUCAACUUGAGCCCGUGCGCCAGGUACUGCCCUUUGAUUGGUUGACAACUGACCACUUGGUCUGAGGGGAAUCUACAUUACAUGAGGUUACGGGUUACAAUUUUUUCCACUCGAUCGAGAAUUUUUCUGCCUAUCAACCCAGUCUUGCGCAGUUCUAUUCUGCUGCCGCCUUGGCAAUGAUAGUCUUAGUGAAUGGGGAUGUUGUGUAUGAAUCAACGAAAAGUCCAAACAAUUUUUGGGGGGCCAAAAACGCAUGCGUCUGUGAAGAAGUGUACCGUAAGUGAGCGAAAUGAGUUUUCGAUCUAAAUAUAUAGGUCGGUUUUCUAAGGCAAAGUUAGGUUGAUUAUUUCCGGUGGGAUUAUAGGGCGGUGAGAGAUGGCCAACUCUCUGAAGCCUGCUUGACUAAUCCGUGCGGAAAACGACUUACCGGGGGGGACUGUCGAGCUUGCUGACGGUCACCAAACUCCGGCCCAGCAAGUGCAGGGAGGUGCUCGAACUAUUAACUCGGUCCCAGAGGUUAAACGGGAACCUCGGCACCAGAGGUUAAACGGUUACCUCCGUCCCAGAGGUUAAAUGGGAAAAAAAUGGCCCCCAGAGCUGCCUCCCUGACGGGGUUUUUGCUAUUUUUUGUGACGUGUCACGCUGCAAGAGAUGUAGCGCAAUGUCACGCAAUAUGUAUUUUUUUUACCCGGGGGACUCACAUAUGAAAGGGGCGGGGAUGCUCGUCGGAAAUUUUGAAAAACCCCUAAAAAAAACCUGGGCGUUGGCCAACCUUUUUUUGAGCCCUGAAAGAGACCAUUUUGUUACAAUGUUGUUUAGUUAUUGAUGUUAUAAAAAUCUUUGAUCACAUGAAUUAAGUAAAUAACACGAACUGACUAUUAAAUAUUUAUCUUGGCGUGCAACCCUAAAAGAGACCUUUACGGCUUAAUAUAAUGACGUUUUGCUCAGAGCACCCUAAGUGAGACCAAAAUCCGAAAUGUGCACCCCUAAGCGAGACGACGAGCAUCCCCGCCCCUUUCAUAUAGGAGUUCUUCCCCACCCCCCACACCCAUCCGCGUUUACAAGCAACAGCAUGUGUAUUUUGUAACGUCAAACGAUUCUGGGCUUAUCCUGUUGCUUGGCUUGAUAAAGAUCAGCUGUAACAUACACGUCUGUCCGUAACAUGACUAAUCUUUUGCUCAGAAAUUGCUUUCGUAAUCCUUUAAUGGUUUAAAUUCUACUAGGAAAUUUAGCGCGUUCUUUAAUUUUAGAGGCCUUUGAGAGUCUCUCUUGUUUCUUCCGCGAUGGAACAUGAUACGCGUGAACUUUUUCUGUUGCCUAGCACGUGAGUGCAACUACUGUGAUGAAAACUUGCGCGAUGUUAAUUUCAAAAGCGGAUUGUAUUGCACGAGAUAAAAUAUUGUUUUCAAAGCUCCUGGACGUUUCUGAAGUUUUCGAAACUUUAUGUACGCAGUCACGUCUCAUGAAAAACAAAGAGCGAAAUAUCAAAGGGGGAUGCUAUCACAUAUCGCGAAAACAGCAAUUCUAUUCAAGAGGUCAAAUUACAAAGUAAAGUUGCCAGCGAAAAAACCGUUGACACCGAUAAUCAACUGCGAUAAUGCCGAUGGACAUUCACAAACACCCGGAGUAGCAAUCGAUAAAAAUCGGUAUCGAUUUAUCAAUCGAUAGAUCAAUAAAAAGCUGUAAAUCUGAUUUGAUUGAUAUCGAUUGUAUCUAUCAAUCGGUAGAAAUCGAUGACACACUCGUUUCGUUCAUCGAUUUAUCUAGAUUUUACCGAUUCCAUCGAUUUGUAUCGAUUUGUCUUUUCACAGGUGUACUAUAUAACUUAUGCCAAAAAGCAAUAAUGUCAGACUUACCGUUAUAAAUGGUUAAAAUCAUGAAAAAUCGAUAGUAUCGAUUUGACACAGCAAUUUGGUUUAUCGAUUUUCACCGAUUUCCGUUAUCAAUCGAUAAAAAUCACUUGAUUGCUAUCGAUUUUUAUGGAUAACGAUUUUUAUCGAUUGACUACUGCGGGACAAACAGGCAAUCGAAAAAACAUCGGCGAGUAAAAUUCGAAAGCAACGAGAAGCGCCUUGAGACUUUGUUUACACACCGUCGCGUAUUUAACAUUUAUUUACACAAGGUUCCUUUUACAUGUAUUUUGGAUUGUACCGAUAACAAGACGCCUAAAGUUGUUCCCGUGGGAUGCAUUGGACUAUGGAAGCAUCAUUGAUAUCUGUCUGAAUUUGGCAAAAUAAAGGAUAUCGGAAAGAUAUAGGUAAUAAAGUUCCAAAGUUUUAAUCCGAGGAGAAAGUUAAUAUUCCAAGAAGCUCUUGAUCCGGUUAAAAAUUAAAUUGCAAUGUGUUUCCAAGGUCUCUCAAAGUUAAAAAAAUGACAACGGUUAUCCACGAUUCCGAGGUAUAAUACGUUCACUAAGGUCCGGAUCUGUGUCCCAUCCUAAAGUCCAAUUCAUGUCGAAAGCGAAUCGUCGAUAGACGAGGACAAUAUUUUGGCGAUUUCACCCCCAAUCGUCAAGGGUACGAGUUGAAAUUUACGCGAUUUACGGCAGCACUAAAACACGCAAUCCGGAAUCCGGAAACGGAAACGGAAUCACGGAAACGGAAUACGGACUCUGUGAAAGAAGGUUCUAAGCGAUCGAUUGGGAAAACAAAUAUUAGCAAUGACAAUAAAAUAAAUAAACAGAUAUAAAAAAAAAAGACACAAAUGAAUAAAUUAGCUGAAUAGAGGAGAGGGAGACCUGCUGUAUCACUAGAGGAGUUGAUUCCGGUGAAAAGACGCUUGAUACCACUAUCGGCAAUGAAUGCAAAUUCUCAUGGGACAGCCAAGCGAGGAGAAAAACGUUACUGACAAAAACUAGAGCCUUAGGAAAAAGGUAAGUUAUAUGGAGACAGACUUCGUUUGAAUCGUCAGAGGCGUCGUUUAUAUAACUGAAAGUCGUCGCCGUCAAAUUUUUCUUAGUGUCUUUUCUGGGUUGUCUUCAACAGUGUUCAGUUUUAUUUCAGGGGCACCCAACGGCAAUUUUCGGGAAAAUAUCUGUUCGGAAGACGAUUUGUGAACUAGAAUUUUUGGAACAUUUGUUGUAAAAUUUCUUGCUUGCCUGCCUCUCCUAGGAUUUUCGAACAUCUACAAAAUGGUAUAAUUACCCAUUUUAAACGGAUAUUUACCCUAAAAAAGGCCACCUAGAAUUUUUUUUUUGGCUGAAAUUUUCGAAAAGGUAAGUUUUGAUCCCUAGAAUUUUCGGAUCACUAGACUUUCAGCUAGGAAAUCCGAACAGAUGAAAAGUUUUUAGGGGAUAAAAAUAUGCCUAUAUCUAUCGUUUAAAUACUAAAAUACGUUCAACAAUGCUAUGUUAAGUGGUUUUGAACUAUAUCCUCGUUGGGUGCCCCUGAGUCUUUUUUAUCAAGACAACUUACUCAAGAGAACCAUGGCUUUGUGGAGUCCAAAAAGAAGAGAGAAUUGUGCAUGCAUUUGCUUGAUUCCGCAACCAAUUACAUCAAAUUAAUGCGCCAUGUUUAAUAAGCCUCUUCAACAAAAAUACGGAUGUCCACGUAAACUCAAUUACCGGUACACCAGUAUUCCAUCAGUAUUCAGCUUGGCAAAAAAGUUGAACUUAUUGCUAAAACACCAGAACUUUGGUCACGUCACGGGUCGGUCAUAUGUUGAGUAUUCAGUUUGGGGACAAUCACGUGGUGUGGUCUGAGGCUAACUACUACUAAUCUUGACAAUUAGCUACAAAAGUAAUAUUUAACUGUAUUAUUCAACCCAUGAACUCGUGAAUAAAAAUUACUCGUAAAAUUACUUUUAUCGGCCUUGCAGUGCAGUAACCCACACUACAGCAAACCUUAUCAAGACACAAUAACAAGAAUAUAUUUAGGGAACUGCCAAGAAAACUAAGACAAAUUCUCUUUGGAUUGUACUGAAUUGUGUAAUGUGAAAUUCUUUAAUUUUCUAUCAUUGAUAUUUGAUUCUGUAUUCCAUUUCCGUUUCUGUUUCCGUUUCCAUUUCCGGAUUCUGGAUUAGCAUUGCUGAUUUGUGUUUCAGUAACUCCAGUGACAUUAAAAUGAAAAUCUACUUCAUGCAAUAGUUGAUUUUGAAGAUUUUCCAGGUUAUGAUUAAGGUCUCGGUAAAGGAAAACGAGGUGCCCACAGAAAAAAAUUCUAGUCGCGCGAGUAUUUUCGCUACAAAGGCAAGUUAUAUAUCAAAUUAAAGCUAAAAGACUAAAUUACCUUAUAAAAGAUUUUAUUUUAUCGAAUUUCAAAAGGCGCUUAAGUUUUUUGCUCUCGAACUCAGAGGUAUCGAGUUUACUGCUGAAGCUCCAGCCCUUUCGCGUUGUUAAAUAUUCACUUCCUUUUUAUUGCGUCUGAUUGACAGAUAAAAGACCUAAAAAAGGGUGUGAGGAAAUUUGCAUAUGUCUUGUAUUAGCGGAAUUAUUGCAUUUCAAACUAAAAAGUCGAAUCUCGAGCGCGAUUUACGCAAAGAAACUGACAUAAAAUGAGUUACAAAGGGAAAUCGGAAAAUUCCUCACACCCUUUUUGAGUCUAUAUCAUUAUCCAUCAUAUCUGAAAGUUUCAAAGCGAUAGCUUAAAACCUGUCCCGACUGGAGGUCGGAGAAUUUUGAUUUUUGCGUCUAAAAUAGAGUGAGAGAAAAUCAGCUCUAAAGAUUUAGCGCGAGGUCCACGCUUGGCUGGUUAGCGCAGAAAAGGCUCAUUUUAGAACGGUUAAAAAGCACUUUCUGAUUUUCUUUUUCUGCCAAAAUAAAAUUUAGGACCCACUCAUGCCAAAAAUCCAAAAAAAACAAAAUCGAGCAAUGUACUAAAAUUUUCAUUUACCGAGACCUUAAGGCUGACUAUGUUGUUAUGAAAAACAGAAAAGCCAGAGAUAGUCUCAUCUUUUGACAACUUCGUUUUCAUCUCCUUAAAAUUAUGGGGGGAGAAAUAUCGACUAGUUAUUCUCUUAGAGCAGUAAUCAGCGGGGUUCAAAUUAUGAUCGAAGGUUGUAUUUAAGGAAAGCAAAUCUAAGUCAUAUAAUCUAGUAAGCUUGUCUAAUUCCUUUUUAGUUUUACAUGUGGUCGACACUGAAUUAUUAAACUGGCCAUGAUUUUCUUCCAAAUUUUCAGAACAACUAUAGUAUGGUAAAACCUUCAAGGUAGAUCUAAUAGAUUUCAGUGUAGUUUUGUUCCUGCCUUUCAUAGUAAUAUCAGUGAUAAGUACAUAAUAGUUAGCUGCAAGGAUCCUCCAGUCGAGCUUUAGGGUGUUCACACAGUCUUAACUUAGUUAAGUCAUCAAUUGACCUCAGACGAAUCGUCAUGGAAGAAUCCGUUUUGCAUAGGAAGAUUGCUGCGCCUUUUGUCCAGCAGCACUUGUAGUUGUAUGUGUUUUAGUUCACCUUCGCUGAAUGUAACAGCUCUUGUAGUCUCAGCGUGAGGUGGCUGUAAAUUGCAAUCCGAUUAAUUUCAGCAGUGGAUGGGAGAUCCAGGUCCUCGGUAGUUAGUCGACUGGCAUUACCUCUCGACGUCAGCACUGUGUCUCGUGUCAUCCUUCUAGUGAAUUGGUAACUGUAGUAGAGCAUCUCGUUGAUAGCUAUAUCAAUUCUGUCAACGUUAACUGUCAAUAAAUCCAACCUACAAGAAAAAUUUUCCAGAGAUUUUGACAAGCUCGAUUCUGACUUAACAAGGGCAUCGUAGCUGUCGCUGAGGAAUUGGACAUCCUGUGUGUUCAUUAAAGCGGCAGCUGCCGCUUCGUGGCAAUCCUUCUGUUCCGCUAUCUUGGACUUGAUAGACUGAAAUUCCUUCAUCAGAUCAUUCAGUUGUCUCUUUAAAUCAUCGUUUUCUCUUCUUAACGCUUUCACUCUGUCUCCCAUUAGUCAACGAAGAAAAAAAGAAACAAUCUUAACUAGCCUAACAACAAAUACACAUAUGCGAGAACAUGGAGCACUAGCUGAAGCGUCCGGUUAGUCUCGCUACGCUACGCAGGCCAAAUUACCUAGCUGACUGAUUGACGUACUGUCUAACCGUCCUGCUAACCAACUGACUGCAGAUUAUAGUACUGGAUUAACUGGCUGAUUGACUGACUGAGGGACUGACUGACUCAUUGACUGACAAAAUGGCUGACUUGCCAGUUGUUGACUGACUUACUAAUUUACUUACUGAAUGACUGACUCACAGGUGACUGACAAACGGGAAAACUGAUUGACUGCAUGAUUAGCUAACUUGCUUUACUGACUGAUUGGAUGGCUUUGUUGCAAAUUGAGUGGCUGUCGAUUUGACUAGCUUACCAAUGGAUUGGCUGAUUGACUGACUGACAAGCUGACGUGUUGACUGACUGACUCAUUAAUAUUGACUUGUUGAGUAACUGAUUGAUUUAUGCACCUACUGACUAGUUAACGGACUUGCUGACUUACUGACUGACUUGCUAUAGCUACCUGACUGACAGACUGACAAAUCAACUAAGUAACCGCAAGCCCUAGGAUUUCAAAUCCCAUGGAUAACAAUUUUUCAGUUUCAUGCCCAGAGAUCAUGGGAAACUAUCGGCAACAAUUUUUUGGUUCCAUGAAAAUUCAUGGGAGCCCACUUCAUUUCUUUUAAUGUACAUGCAGAAACAGUUUUCUGGAAACAUGUUGUUUAAAUUAAAAUUAAAGAACAUUAGUGUGUACUCUUAUUUACAAAAAACUUCAAUGUCUAUUAUUAAAAUGUGAGAAGAAGGUCAAUUUAAGAGUAACAUGUGUAUGCACUAAACUGUCUAAAACUCAAGACUCCUCUUUGAUCCAACUAAAGGAGUGAGUAUACUCACUUGAAAUAUUAGCCAUAUCUUGUCUUUUCCUAAAGAGAUUCGGGCCUGUUCAUCAGUUUCACAGUGAAAUUGUCACUAAAAGACGACAUUCUAAUAAUGUUUUUAAACUUUUGGAGUCAUAUAUUUUAUUUCUUGGCACUCGAAACCAUAACAAUUGCUGCUGUUAACAGUACUGUAAAACAUCUUUCAUGCAUGAGUCAUCAGUAACAUGCAAUGCACUACAUGUGUAUAAUGUACUUUGUGAACAAUUCCAGAUGGUGGAUGAUAGAAAAACUGUAGCGUUUUUAAAAUUUCGUUUAUACACAAGCUGAGUCAUAAAGAUUUGCUGUACUAGUUAAGAAUCCGAGUGGAAAAAUACUAUGUUUGUUUAUUUUGAUCCCUCAGUCUGAAUAUAUCAGGACAUGUCACUGGGAAACUAUUUUUUGGUUCCGUUAUUUUAAGAUCACAGUAACGACUCGGUACCGGAAAUGAUUGUUAGUGUGAAAUCCUAGGGCUUGUAACAGUUACUAACUGACUGAUUGAGCAACUGACUUGACUGACUUACAAAGUGACAAACUGAGUAACUGACCUUCUGACUGACUGACUUAGGACUAACUGAGAAACUAGCUAAUUGAGUGUCUGUCAUACAAACUGAGUGAGUGACUGACUGAUUGAGCAACUGACUUACAUGUACCAACUAACUGACUGACUUACAAUCAGCAACAAAAUUGUUGAGACAUUGUACUCAAAUAGGGUAACUUCAGAGAACAAAAGAAUCUCUUCCCUGUCCCCUCCAUUCAAUGUUGGGGUGUUUGGCGUUUUGUAAAGGUAGCUCGAACAUCAGCACAACAUGGCAUGGAGGGGAUGGGGGAGGAAAAGCUGUAUUUCCUCCUGUUGGAGUUAGUAAAAGGUAAAAAAAGCCCAGUUUAGAGCAAAGUGUCUCAAUUCAUUUUGUCACUGAUUGUAGCUAAGUAACUGUCUGAAAUACAAACUGACCAACUAAUUCACUAAGAAACUGACUAAUUUACUUACUAACUAAUCAGCUGACUUAAUAACUGAGUAACUCAGUAACUGGCUAACUGUCUAACUGACUGACUGACUGACUGACUGGGCAAAUUGGUUACUGGCUAACUGUUUAACUUACUGAAUUACUGAGUAACUGAGUGACUAGCUGAUUGUUUAACUGACUGGCUGAUGGAAUGACUGAUUGACAAACUGACAGAAUGACUGGUUGAUUGAACACCUUACCAAGUGUCUGACUAACUUCAAGCAAUAAACCAACUGGCUGACUGAGCUGAAAAAGGUACUGACUAGCUGACUGGCUACUCCUGACUGACAGACUGAUUAACUGACUGACAUAUCAACUGACUGAGUGACUGACUGAGUAAGGAGGGAAGGGUACUGUUAUCACAGCAGGAGUGCCUUUUGCUAGUAUAGUCAAGGGGUGGGUGAUAAUUUAUUAUAAUUGCCAAAGAGCCAUCCGAGAGAAGAUGCUCGGAUAGUGAGGCGGCAGCAGAAUAAAGCUGCGCAAGACUCGGCUGUAGGCAGAAAAAUUCUUGAUUGAGCUUCAAAAAGUGUAACCUCAUGUAAUGUAGAUUCCCCUGAGACCAAGUGGUGUGACAGUUUCAGCCAAUCAAAAGGCGGUAAACUAUACUUGGUGCAUAUGUGUUGUUUCCCCGGCAGCAUGCGAAGACUGAACUUGAAUGUGGUACGCUUUUAUUGUUUAUUCACUUAAAUCUGGCCUCGGCAGUCAAGGAAAAUGAAAACUUGAUGCAUUGUAUUAAUUUGGGGGCCAUUAGUGUAAGGUUUUAAUGAAGAGAAGCUUGUAAAAGUUUAAGCAAAGAAAAGUUUUCAUGUGAAACAAGCAAUUCUCACCACUAAAAAGGAUCAGAUUACACGAAGAGAUAAGGAAAGCUUGAUACGAAGAAUAAAGUCGCUUCUGUUGAAAAAUCUGAUGUUGGGGAAAAAAUCUGACCAGCAAAUGGAAAAAUAGGAAUAAAAAAGAAUUACAAGCCUAAAGCGAACGACAAAGGAUAAGAAAACAAUGCUAUUUUUUUUUAAACCUGGCCGACUUUAUAAUAAAGUGAAAACAAAAUACUGAUGUGCUGUACAUCGCAUGUCCUUGAAAACAUUUCAAGCAGCGCAGUGAAUCAUUCUAAAAUUCAAUCCGGAACUUGACAAAAAGCCUUGGGAAAUUUCAGAGAAAUGAUGAUUAAACUGCACAAAUAUUUAUCUACAAAGUGAAACCAAACCGACAAUAAUUUUGUAGUGGUAAGAGAAACGAUCAAACUAAGCAGGGGUCUGUAAAGUAAGGUUUGACUUGAAUGGGAAAUUAGACUAUUCUGAAAAUAACUGAUGAGCUUCAUUGUUUUCCAGAUCAGAUACCACAGAAAGACUGAACAAGGACUUUCAUGAGCCAAGAGCCUCUGGUAUCUUCAGUACUGUAAGUGCUGUACGCUUUGUGUUUUAAUCCAGCUCUUAAAAAAAUUUUUAAAAAAACUUAUAAACAGAACUGUUUGGUUAAAAGUUUCAUUAAGCUAUACCAUGUACCUUAAAACAACCUUGUAAUUGCCAGUAAUCCCUGUAAUGACUAGUAGCCGGCUUUAACCAGCUGUUACCUCCUGUAACCUCUUGUAUUCUCUUGUGACCUCUCAUAACCCCUUUUAACCCCCUGUAACCCCCUGUAAUCUCUUUAACCUCUAUAAUUCCCUGUAACCCCUUAUAACCUUCCUUAAUGAAACAGACGAGUCAGACUGGUUUAUAAAUUGCAGAAACAAAUCAAAAAAUAAAGUUUGCCUUUAAGGGUAAUUAAUAAUGCUCUCUCUGUCAGUCAGUCAGUAAUUCAGUUGCUCAGUUAAUCAGUCACUUGGUCAGUUUGUUGGUCAGUCAGUCACUUAACUGAGUAACUCACUGCCUACAUGACUGUCAGGCUGACAAAUCAACUUAGUGACUAACUGACUGAGUGAGCAACUGACUUACAUGUACCAACUGACUGACUGACUGACAGACAAACUGAGUAACUGACCAUCUCACUGACUGACUCAGGACUAGCUGAGCAACUGACUUACUUACUUCAAGCAACAUGCUAAGUGACUGUCUGACUGACUUACUGACCAACUGACUGAUUUAAUGACUGAUCAACUAACCUUUUUGACUGACGGAGCAACUUGAUUACUGGCUGACUGUCUACUUGUAACUGACUGAUUGACUGGCUGAUGGAAUGACUGAUUAUAUGACUGACUAAAUGACUGACUGAAUGAGCAGCUUACAGUACAAAGACAUUGACUGAUUGAGCAACUGACUGAUUGACUGACUGACUGUGCAAUUGAGUACCUGACCAGCUGACAGAAUGACUGAUUGAGCAACUGACUGACUGACUUACUGACUGACUGGGCAAUUGGUACCUGACCGGCUGACAGAGUGACUGAUUGAGCAACUGACUUACUGACUGACUGUGCAAUUGGGUACCUGACUGGCUGACAGAAUGACUGAUUGAGCAACUGACUGACUGACUUACUGACUGACUGUGCAAUUGGGUACCUGACCGGCUUACUGAAUGACUGAUUGAGCAACUGACUGACUGACUGUGCAAUUGGGUACCUGACAGGCUGACAGAAUGACUGAUUGGGCAACUGACUGACUGACUGACGGUGCAAUUGGGUACCUGACCGGCUGACAGAAUGACUGAUUGAGCAACUGACUGACUGACUUACUGACUGACUGUGCAAUUGGGUACCUGACUGGCUGACAGAAUGACUGAUUGAGCAACUGACUGACUGACUUACUGACUGACUGUGCAAUUGGGUACCUGACUGGCUGACAGAAUGACUGAUUGAGCAACUGACUGACUGACUUACUGACUGACUGUGCAAUUGGGUACCUGACCGGCUUACUGAAUGACUGAUUGAGCAACUGACUGACUGACUGUGCAAUUGGGUACCUGACCGGCUGACAGAAUGACUGAUUGGGCAACUGACUGACUGACUGACGGUGCAAUUGGGUACCUGACCGGCUGACAGAAUGACUGAUUGAGCAACUGACUGACUGACUUACUGACUGUGCAAUUGGGUACCUGACUGGCUGACAGAAUGACUGAUUGAGCAACUGACUGACUGACUUACUGACUGACUGUGCAAUCGGGUACCUGACCAGCUUACUGAAUGACUGAUUGAGCAACUGACUGACUGAUUGACUGUGCAAUUGGGUGCCUGACUGGCUGACAGAAUGAGUGAUUGAGCAACUGACUGACUGACUGACUGUGCAAUUGGGUACCUGACCGGCUGACAGAAUGACUGAUUGAGCAACUGACUGACUGACUUACUGACUGUGCAAUUGGGUACCUGACUGGCUGACAGAAUGACUGAUUGAGCAACUGACUGACUGACUUACUGACUGACUGUGCAAUUGGGUACCUGACCAGCUUACUGAAUGACUGAUUGAGCAACUGACUGACUGAUUGACUGUGCAAUUGGGUGCCUGACUGGCUGACAGAAUGAGUGAUUGAGCAACUGACUGACUGACUGACUGUGCAAUUGGGUACCUGACCAGCUUACUGAAUGACUGAUUGAGCAACUGACUGACUGAUUGACUGUGCAAUUAGGUGCCUGACUGGCUGACAGAAUGAGUGAUUGAGCAACUGACUGACUGUCCAGUUGGGUACAUGACUGGCUAACAGAAUGACUGAUUGAGCAAUUGACUGAAUGGCUGACUAACUGCAAGCAACUGACUGACUGACGUAGGGACUGACUGGAGUCUGCAAAGCAGGGGUCAAUUUAAUAAAACCUUCACAAGUGUAAUUUACAAGUGUAUCCAUUGUUUUAGAGUCUGUUUUUAUCACGCUCUGAACAAAUGAACUUUUUCACUCCAUUCCAGUGAGCUCCAGUUUUCUGUUGUCUUGUACAGAGUGUUAUGAUAACAAGAAUUAAACCAAAAGAAAGUUAUACAUAAUCAAACCAAAUAAUAAAUACAAAACAAAGAAAUGUACUCAGGGAAAAACUAAAGAAAUUACUUAAAGGAAUUUAAAACACACACACGUGACAGUAAAGAUAUAUCUGAACUGUGAAGGACAAUACAUAAAAUAUGGUGACGGUAUACAAGUGAUCCUCGAACAAUGGUUCCAAGCAUUACACAAAAGGGUGGGAUAAGUGACCUGGAACUUAAAUUAAGCCCAGGAAACAAUUGCUACACUUGUAAAUGAUAUUUGCAAAAGUUCUAUAAAAUUGAUACCAGAAGUGUUAUUUGCUACAACAGUGAAGGGGUGGAUGUUUAUGAAUGUUAUAAUCGUAUGUGGUAAAUUAUUCCAACAUGGUUGCCCUCUCUGGUAUUCAUGAAAAUGUGAUGCUGUCAAACCUCUUUAAUAUCAGCACUAAGGGGGCCAUAGAAAGUGUCCAUAUUUACAGGUUUUCUGUUGUCUGAGGAGGUUGGAUUUAGAGAAAGUUUAAGGGCUUUCUUUCCCCAGGGACAAAGCAAACUGUCUGUUAUAAUAAGCUUUCCAACAAAGCGGGUGGGAAAUUGGUCUGUUCUGAUAAUCACUGACGAACUUCACUGAAUAUUUUAAAUUUUUGUUUCCAGAUCAGAUGCCACAGAAAGACUGGACAAGGACUUUCACGAGCAAAGAGCCUCUGUUAUCUUCAGUAUGGUAUGUGCUCUAUGUUUUGCUUUGUAAUCCAGCUCUUGAGUGAACCAGAUAAACAGAAUUGUUGGCCAGGUGAUUUUAAAGUUUGAUUAAGCUAAUCCAAGGAAAGCUGUUAUAUUGUACUUAAUUCUUUCAUUUCACAGUUAUUUCACCAUCAAGUGCACCACAUUUGGGAGUAAAAUUUUAUCAAUCUUACUUUUCCCAAUAAAACACCAACAACAACAAAAAGUAAAAAAACGUGCAAAAUAAAAUGCAAAGUAAAAGAGCAAAAUUCCAAAUCAAAAUUAAAUCAAGUACAGUUGUACAGCUCUGUCAGCAUUAUUGUGGUGAAAAUAAAAAUUUAACCCAGGAUCAUCUAAUUGAGUGUAAUUCUGAACAGCUACAGCUGUUGGUGAUUCAGUGACUGGCACGUCAAAAGUAUAUAAGAGAAAUCAGCAGGAUCAAACAGAUAUUUUAUUAUUGACCUCUGAAUAAAUUAUAUUGGUACUUCAAGACCAGGCAAAUAAAUCAUUAUUUUCAAGCGAUGCAUUCAGAAUUUCUGUGGAACCUUGUACAUGUAUGAAUUAUAUAUUUUGCAUGAAAUAUUGAUUGCAAUCACAAGUUUUGUCUGCAGGGAAUCAUAAUACAAAGACAGCUUAAACCCAUUGAAAUCUCUUUGAUUUUAAGAACAACGAUAGUUUGAUUGAUUGCUCAAAUUCCAAGAGACGUGCACUUGUUGGUGGAGUACUUAUUAUCAGAAAGCUAAUGAAAAAACGUGGACAAUUUCAGUUUUCUCCUGGAUUAGCAUUUAUCAACUUUGUUCAACUGUGUCACACAUUUGAAACAAUAGCCAAGUUCUGCUGUUAUAAUAAUAAUAAUAAUAAUAAUUAUUAUUAUUAUUAUAAUUAUUAUAAUGUUGGUAUUAUAGUACCUGUUAGUGUAGAUAUGCAAUCCAUAUUGUACCUUCAAAUUUCUUACCACAUUGAUCUAUUCAACUGA